AUGAAUUCCUCAAUAAUUCGUAAAAUUUUCAAUGAAAAAGAAUUAAUAAAUUAAUUAUCGGCCUUGAUAAUAAAAAAUCUAACGAUAAAUACAUUGAUGAUUAAAUUGAGCAUGGUUCAGAGUCUAGAAAAUUAUUUAAACAUUCCUGUUAUCAUGAAUUCACAACUUUUAUAUCUAAUUGAGGAGGUUUUAUUGAAGGAUUGCAUUUUUAGAAAAUUAUUUUAAAUACAUUCAAUAUCAUAUAAAUUUAUGGUAAAACCUAAACCAGAAGUUUCUCUUUUUGGUUCUUUGAAAAAUUAAAACAAAUUGUUUCAAAUCUAUGCCAAGGGAUAAAUUGGACAUUUUACAAUGGACACAAUAGGGGAUUAAUCAGAUAAUAAUAAGUAGGGAUUUUAAGUUAUUGGAUUAGAUUGUUUCUGA